AUGCCUUUAAACGAAAACUCUACGUUUGCGGAGCUUCCAGUGCUUGAUAAGGCCGCUGUGGCGAUUCCUCAUUACCUUUAUGCUACGGGAGUCUCCGAGGAGUUUACUGCUUUCACGAUAUUGGCGGUUUCAGCCAUUUCUAUGGUGGUGAUUGGCGCUUAUGCUACAGUUCAACAGCCCAAGACAGCUCUUGAUCCAAACGACGAUAAGGAGUCGCCUCUUUGGGAUCCAAGUGACCGUGACGGAAGCAAUUUACUCUUGAAGGACGCUGAAUCUGCUAAAGAUGGCAAUGUCGAGACUUUUGGCUACAAGACAGCAUUGCUCAUGCCUGUGGUGUCUGCUGGUGUUUUGUUUGGCUUGGACUACUUGAUUAGAAAGUAUGACGUAUCGAAGAUCGUGUUGAUCAACUAUUACAUGACUUUCGUGCUGUUUAUCUCGGCUGUGCUGCUGCUUUUCCUCUUCACUUCCGUUGUUGCAAGAAAUGUAGGUUACUGGCUUGGAUUGAAGCAUAACCUGGGCUACUUCAUCAAGAGAUCGAGAGUGACAUUCUCUGACGAGUCUGACUUGGUUUUAGGAGCUUACACCCGAAUCGACGCCAAGGCAAUGGACUUAUCGAAGGAGCAGCUUGAAAGGUUUGAAAACUUUAUGUGGGAAAAGAAUAAGGCCCAUGUGGUUCGUCUUCCUAAACUCAAAACGAGAGACCAAACAUCUGCGCUCGUCUAUGAUAACAGAUUGGUGUACAUUGUCAUUUAUUCAGCGCUUUUCCUGACUGUUUACGUCUUCCACAACCCACAAUUAUGGGCUGACUACAACUUGCCUACCAACUGGAUCAUCAACAACUUGGUUGCAUCUUUCAUGGCUCUUAAUGGAAUUUCGUUCAUGAAAGUUGGUAAUGUGAAGGUGGCUGCUGUUCUUCUUAGUGCCUUGUUCUUGUAUGACAUUUACUUUGUCUUCAAGUCUACCUUGAUGCUUUCUGUGGCCACAGGUAUCGACAUUCCCGUCAAAAUCGUGUUUCCUCGUGUUCCUGAUGCACUCUACCUGUUCCUGGAGAUGAACAGCUUGCUGUACAAGCAAGUAGCUACUCCAUCUUCGUUGCUUGGUCUUGGAGAUAUUGUUGUUCCAGGAAUUUUUGCUGCAUUGUGCCUCAGAUUCGAUUACCACUUGUACUAUAAGAAGAACCAGUUGGCAUUUCACAAACUUCGCUCCAUCGGUGUACCUAAAUACUUCACUGCCGUGAUAAUUGCUUACGCUUCCUCCUUGGUUGUGACAAUCAGUGUUUUGUACAUAUUCGAACACGGUCAGCCGGCGUUGCUUUACAUUGUUCCAUUCACUUUGGCUGCUGCUGGAUCGACCGCAUUGAUCAGCCGUGAGUUCAAGGAAUUAUGGAACUAUAGUGAGGAAUUGGUCAAGUACGAGGCUGAGAAGUCCAAGAAAGAUAAAAAGAAGAACGAAAAGGCUACUGUUGAGAAGCCAAUUGAAGUUGUCGCCACGGAAACGCUUUACGAAUUUGAAGACCUCACUGAUGAAAGUGACGAUACCUUUUUGAUUGACGACGAAAGCACCGACGCAGAUGCCGACUCUGACAUUUCAGAUCUCGAGACGGAACUCACUAAUCUAAUCAGAGACCAGGAUGUGGAUGUUGAGUUUGUGUCUGUCGAACAGGAAGCCGAUGUCUACUAA